AUGUCUCUAAGUCGUGAGGAUUCAGUUUAUUUGGCUAAAUUGGCCGAGCAAGCAGAACGUUAUGAAGAAAUGGUGGAAAACAUGAAGGCAGUAGCCUCUUCAGGCCAAGAACUUUCUGUUGAAGAAAGAAAUCUACUGUCUGUGGCUUACAAGAAUGUCAUCGGUGCACGUCGUGCCUCAUGGAGAAUCGUCUCUUCCAUAGAACAAAAAGAGGAAUCCAAGGAAAAAAGUGAAUAUCAAGUUAAAUUGAUCAGAACUUACCGUUCUAAGAUUGAAUCUGAGUUGACCAAAAUCUCUGACGACAUUUUGUCAGUCUUGGACUCUCAUUUGAUCCCAUCUGCUACCACUGGUGAAUCUAAGGUUUUCUACUAUAAGAUGAAGGGUGAUUACCACCGUUACUUGGCCGAAUUCUCUUCUGGUGAAGUUAGAGAAAAGGCAACCUUGGCUUCAUUGGAAGCUUACAAGACUGCUUCUGAAAUUGCAACUACCGAAUUACCACCAACUCAUCCAAUCCGUUUGGGUCUAGCACUAAACUUCUCUGUUUUCUACUACGAAAUUCAAAAUUCUCCUGACAAGGCUUGCCAUUUGGCAAAACAAGCUUUUGAUGACGCAAUUGCAGAGUUAGAUACUUUGUCUGAAGAAUCUUACAAGGAUAGUACAUUGAUCAUGCAACUAUUAAGGGAUAACUUGACUUUGUGGACUUCUGAUAUGUCUGAAGCAGGUCAAGAAGAACAACAGUCACAACAACCUUCUGGUGGUGCUGCUGCCGGUGCUGCUGCUCCUGCUGAGGGUCAAGCUCCUAAAUAA